GAAGCGCGUGUGCGUGGGGCGUAGCUAAGGACGGAAGCUCGGCCGGCACGAUCGCCACCCACCUCAGCCUAACCGGGCAGCGCCUUCCGGGCUCUGCUCUUCGUGACCCAGCGCCCCAGUUCUUGCCCGUCCUUGCAGUCCCACCCCACACUCAGCCUUGUGUUCCUCGAGCCGGUCUCCGACUUCCAUUUCCCACCCUAAACCGCCUGCUGGGUCUGUUCCCGCUCGGUUGUCCUCGCCCUGCUGUGCCGAGGGUCCCGUCAGCCUCGACCCCAUGGCGCUGCAGGCGCUGCAGAGCUCGGGGGUGACCUUCCGCAGGAUCCUGUCUCACUUCCCCGAGGAGCUGAGUCUGGCUUUCGCCUACGGCUCUGGGGUGUACCGCCAGGCAGGGCCCAAUUCAGACCAGAAGAACGCUAUGCUGGACUUCGUGUUCACAGUAGAUGAUCCUGUUGCAUGGCAUUCAAAGAACCUGAAGAAAAAUUGGAACCACUAUUCUUUCCUAAAAGUUUUAGGACCCAAGAUUAUCACAUCCAUCCAGAAUAACUAUGGCGCUGGAGUGUACUACAAUUCAUUGAUCAUGUGUGAUGGUAGGCUUAUCAAAUAUGGAGUUAUUAGCACCAGUAUUCUGAUUGAAGAUCUCCUCAACUGGAAUAAUUUAUACAUUGCUGGACGACUCCAAAAACCGGUGAAAAUUGUCACAAUGAACGAGGAUAUAACUCUUAGAUCAGCCCUUGACAGAAAUCUAAAGAGUGCUGUGACCGCUGCUUUCCUCAUGCUCCCGGAAAGCUUUUCUGAAGAAGACCUCUUCAUAGAGAUUGCCGGACUCUCCUAUUCAGGUGACUUUCGGAUGCUGGUUGGAGAGGAUAAAACAAAAGUGUUGAAUAUUGUGAAGCCCAAUAUAGCCCACUUUCGAGAGCUCUAUGGCAGCAUACUACAGGAGAAUCCUCAAGUGGUGUAUAAAAGCCAGCAAGGCCGGCUGGAGAUAGAUAAAAGCCCAGAAGGACAGUUCACUCAGCUGAUGACAUUGCCCAAAAGCUUACAGCAACAGAUAAAUCAUAUUAUGGACCCUCCUGGAAAAAACAGAGAUGUGGAAGAAACUUUAUUCCAAGUGGCUCACGAUCCUGACUGUGGAGAUGUGGUGCGACUAGGGCUAUCGGCAAUCGUGAGACCUUCUAGUAUAAGACAGAGCACCAAAGGCAUUUUUACUGCUGUAUUCCGCUGUGUGAAUAUACCACAAUUUAUACUAUGGAUGGAUACUUGGUUUGUUCCUGCUUGGAACUAUUCAAGUUUCUGUCAGGUAUGUACUAGGGGGUAGAAUUCCUGGAUGAUAAAGCAUGUGACUGUUCAGCCUUAGUAGAAACUGCUAAACAAUUGUCCACAUUUAUACUUGCACUAGCAGACUUCCUGUUGCAGCACCACCCUGAAUACUUGUAUAGGUCUUUUUCAUUUUAGGCACUCUGGUGGGUGACUAGUGGUACCAUACUGGGCUUUUAAUUUACAUUUUCCUGAUGACUGAGGAAGUUGAGCAUUUUUCAUUUGUUUACUUGAACAUGCUCUUUUGUGAAGUAUCUAUUCUAGUCUUUUGCUCAUCUUCCUACUGAGUUGUCUGUUUUUCUUACUGAAUUCCCUCUGGUAGUCAGAGCACAACUCCAUUGUUGGAUACAUGUGAUGCCAAAAUCCCCCACUCUGUGGCUUGUCAUUUCACCUCUUAAUGGUGUCUUUUGGUGAAAAGAGUUCAUAAUUUCAUGUAGUCCAAUUUUAUCCAUUUUGUCUUCUGUAUGUUUAGCAGUUUUUUUUUUUUUUUUGCUUCCUGUUUAGAGAAUUAUUGCCUAUUCCAAAAUCAUGAAAUUUAACUUCGCCACCUUUGUUGAAAUUAUAAUAUUAAGGCAGAAAAGACUCUUCAUUCUGAUCUGUUGGUUCUUAGCCUUUUGCAAAUCCAGGAUCCCUGUGAAAAUCUGAUUUGAACUCUGGACACUCUGCACAGAAGUGUACAUAUGCACACACACAGCAGAUUUUCCUGCAGUGUUAGGGAGUUCACAGACACCACACUUAUCUGUGGACCCCUUGUUAGAAAACGCCUAAUCUAUUCCAACCCAGUCAUUUUACAGAUAAGGAAAUUGAGGCCCAGGGAAAGACCACUGUUAGUUUGUGACCCACCUGAAACUAGAGUCCAGGUCUCUUGACUCCAAUUCUAGUGCUGUCUCUAACAGGUUUCCCUGCUGCAGUCAUUCUGAGAAUAUCUCACUGGCAGAGCCAUGAAAGGGAGAUUGUUUUAGUCAAGGGAGAUUUCUGUGCACUAGCAGCAAAAAAAUGGCUACAUGGACAUGAUGACACCCUUUUAGUUUAUGUAUUUACCUUAAAUGUUUAAGCUCCAAGGAGUCUACAGCUAAGUUUUUUUGAAGUUGACCUGGGAAUUAUCAUGGUCGAUGCAUCCUCCUCUGGCUGUGACUCAGUGCCCUGGGGUUGCUAUAUGAACCUUUCCAUGUGCAGCUAUCCUGUGUUCGGCUUGAUCUUUUUGUUGGUUCUGGCUGGAAUUUUAAAAAGCAUCUUAUGUAAUAAGUUUCUAGUCUCAGUGCUCAAGUGGGUGAGGUUUACCAGAAUGGUUGCUCCAGGGAGAAAAUUAAAAGGGGUGGAGGCAGGGAAAGGAACUCGGAGUUUGUUGACUAGGUUAUGUUGGUUUGUAACUAGUCAGCUUGUAGACACACCAAGCCAGAGUAUCUAGAAGUAUUCAUUAAUGAUUUUACUGCUCCAUUGCCACAGUCUGCAGUCAGCUUUUCCAAGGCUUUAAGUGGACUAGGCAGUUUAUAGGUAACAGGGCCAGGUAUUUUCAAGCCAUCACUCAAACCCCAGUGCUAGGUGUGUCCAGAGCGAAUCCUGUUACCUUGUCAGCAUGCUCACCAAAGUGCACUGCCAGGGGUGUGCACUCCGCUCUCAUAGCACAGAUCAGUUUGUGUCUUACAGUGAAAAAGACUGUUCAUAUCUUUGGGCCACACCCUGAAACACAAACUGAGUGAUCUCACCCUCAACACAAAGGAAAUUGAGUCCAUAAUAGUUUCCACAAAUAGGAUACUCUUAGAUCUGACAAAUAGCGCCCAUUUAUUUUAUCCCAUUUUACUUCUUUCCCCUAAGCCCCCAGAGAGCCUUUCUCCAGUUUCAUCACAUACUCGUGACUAAGCAGAUGGGGGUGCUAGGGGGCCAGCUGUUUGAAUGAGGCACAUUUGUCCUGUCAUUUCAAAAGCUUUUACAGAGCACCUGCUGUGUUCUGGGUCGUGUACUAGGCGACGGGGCCACCUAGGUAAAUAGGACAAGGCCCCUGUCCUCAGGAAGCUCCCAGUCCAGGCAGAGGCAUGGGUGAAUUAGCCAACAUAUACUGCACAGUGUGUCGAAUAAGCACAGAUGGUGUGGAGCCACCCUGGGGGUCCAGGGAGGCACUUCCUAGAGAAGAAAUCUAAACAGGGAUUCCAAGUCAAUGAGGCAGAAAGUGAUGAGAACAGCAUUUGUCAUAGGCAGACAGGUGGUUUUCAUGGUGACAAAGAGACAGUAAGCUGGGGUUGGAAUUUAAGCCUGGGAGAGAGAACGGGAGCCCAGUGGCAUACAGAGUCUUGUCCUUGUCCUACCUUUUUGAAAGAGCUACUAAAUUCAGAGGAUGCCAAUAUGUUCAUAACUCAAAAGGAUCAGUUAUCCCAGUAACUUAGGAACCAUUGGCAUCCAUACCCAUAAAUCAGAAAAUGCCGAAAUCAGAAUCCUUGCCCCCUACAUCACAGUGACCUUUAAUCACCUUCAGAUCCUCGAUCUCCUAGAGCCCACCGAUUGGCCUCUCACUGCCCUCCUGCAAAGACAAGUCUCUGUUCAGAAUGUCACUGAAACUGAGCAUCCACUCAACAAGCCUCCAUCUUCUUACUCUCUCAUGUUUUCUCUUUUAGGCAUGAAGAAGUCAGUGAUUUAUAGUUCACUAAAACUGCACAAAAUGUGGACAGGGUGGCUGAGGAAAACGUCCUGAUAUUGUUUGCUUUUAUAUAUGUUAUAUAUAGAUGAAUAAAGUGUUUAAUUCUUUUUAACA